AUCGUGCUCCCUUGUACUCAACCUCCAUCCAACGCCCAAGUGUUCGUCUCAAUGGUCCCUUUCGUCUUCCUUCCUACCGAUGCUGUAGAGCCCACUGAGCUCACACUCGAAGACGACACGAAGGUGCGCAUCGAGCCAGGCUCGAAGCGGAUUCAUUUCGCGCCACAGUCAAUCGAAACCUUGGUCAAUAUCGCGCGCUUGGACGAGAAGCAUACCGACCUCACCGGAAUCAGGUCUGUCGAAGAUGUCUUUAACUUCCUCAUGGGACAGGUCGAAGCAAUGAGGCUGUUGGUCUGUUACCUCUCCGCCAACCAGCGAGAACACCUCAAGCGGAUCGAAUCCCUCAGCAAGAGCAUCGACGAGAAUUUCAAGAGUGUGAAGGAAUCAUCGACUGUUAUCGAACGAAUCGCUCUGAACGCUUCGAGCGCCGUGUCAGGCUUCGAGCGGAGGCUGCGAGCUGUCCUGAAUGGUUUCCAGAAAUUAAACAACAACAACUCAGCCAAACAGCCUAUCGUGCAAGGCCCGCUAGCUGGUUUGACAGCCAGUUUACUUCAAGACUCGCGCGCGCCACCUACGGUUAUGUCUGAGUCGCUCGCCCGAGAGGGUUUAGAGCUGCAAGGACAAAUCCGCAUUUCCGGGACUAAUUGGUACGCUGAUGCGGCUACCGACCAAGCAUUCCCGGAUGUUCUAAAGGAGGUCGACCUUGCGAUGCGACUCGAGAAGGUCGCUCGUGAGUCGGGCGCGGACGCGGCAGAGACGACAUCUGCGUUGAACGACCGGGAAAGCGCUGAACGAACAACGAGUCUCGAUAAUGAGUACAUCAAAGUGUGCAUUGAGAAGAUUGUUGGCACGCACGACGAAGCUCGUCAGAUGCUUCAAGAAGUGCAUGCAACGGACGCCGUGGUAGACGACCGUCUCAAGGCGGCGGAAAACCUCAACGAGCAGACGUUCUCAAAGCAUUGGGAAAAGAGCGAGAAUGCGGUUGCUACGAUUACCAGCUCCAUGAAGAUCGUCAAGCAGCUGACUCCUCACAUGGAAGAAGCUGAGGCUCUGUUCAAAGAGCUGCAACCCGCUUCCGAUCCUGUCGGGGAGGGCGGUCCUGGUCCAUCGACUGUUGCAGCGCAGACUGCGCAAGCAGCUACAUCGAAAGAGCCGAUCGAAGGGGAAGCUGCCGAUAAGGAUGCUUCCAAAGCCGGCCCUUCCAUCUAUCGCCUCCAGCUCUCGAUCCCAUCGAAGCCCGUCGGCCAACUGACUCUUUCCGAGAUCAUUCAGAUUCUAACAGCGUUCCCCCUGCGCAUAACCUUCGAUCCUGAGAACCUUCCCCUGGUGACUCCGAUCGCAGGCACACCACAACGUGAAACCGCUGAGCAAUCUGAGAAAACCGUACAACCGCGACAGGCCCUCGCACAACCAAAUCCCGAUGAUUUUCACUACGACUUCGACUAUGACGAACUGUUGCAGUAUCCGCAAUCCGCCAGCGGGGCAUACGUUCCUCCCCCUCGACGCUCCAGACGCCUACGCGAUGAAAAGGGCAAGGCUCGUGCGGACAAUGGAACCCGUACUGCGAUCCCCUAUAGCCCCACUGCACGGCUGCCCGUACAACCUAGAGCGUGGGAUCUGGCGGAUGCGAAAGGGCAUGGUGCUACUCAAGUACUUUCGCCUGUCACGAAAGAAGCUGCGCUGCCGCUGCCUGACAAGGGAAACAAGCGCCGAACGAGGAAGACUACAGGCGGAGCUGUCGAGCUGCCUGCUGUUGCGAAGCCGUCUCGGAGGAAACGACAGAGGGUUAACGGGGAUGAUACAGAGGACCGUCCGGCAGCCCAGAAGGAGGGACCGCGGCCCAAGCGGAGGAGGGUUCGCUAAUUGCGUGUUGAAGUGUCGUGUUGCCCUUGCAGGAUGCCGAACAUAAGUUGCACUGACAGAGACUAUUUCUCAGGAAUCUACUUGCUGGAAUGUAUUUGUGAACUUUAUCUCCUUGCUUACUGUACAGUGAAUUUAUCCUGCUUGCUGAACUGUC